CUUUUAUCAGUGCAGGUCUUUGGUGUGACUGCUCCUUUAAGGGUGUAUCAGGAGUAGUUUGAGUAGAACAUAGGAAGUGCUAUUAACAUUUAGCACAAAGACCUAAAAACAACAGACGUUUGUGAGUGAUGGCAGGCAUAAAAGCUCUUGUUACGUUAUCCUUCAGUGGAGCACUUGGACUGACAUUUCUACUUUUGGGAUGUGUACUGCAACAGUUUGGAGUGUACUGGCCUUUGUUUGUCCUCCUCUUCCACAUCCUGUCCCCUAUUCCAAAUUUAAUAGCCAGGAGGCAUGCUGAUGACACUGAAUCAAGCAAUGCCUGCAGAGAGCUGGCAUACUUUCUAACCACUGGUAUUGUGGUGUCAGCCUAUGGGUUGCCCGUUGUGCUUGCACGGAAAAGUGUUAUCCAGUGGGGAGCUUGUGGUCUGGUAAUGGCGGGUAAUUGUGUCAUUUUUCUGACCAUUAUGGGUUUCUUCUUGAUAUUUGGAGGUGGAGAUGACUUCAGCUGGGAACAGUGGUAAAGACUGUCGGGAGGAAGAAAGAUAAACUACACUACUUUAAAUGGUUUCCCAUGGUAAUGCUGAUUCAUUUGUUUCAUAUUUCAUGUUGGCACCUGCAUGGCUCAGUAUAUAUACAAAAAAGAAACAUUUUGCCUAUUUUUAUGAUUUACGAAUUUCAACAAAAUUCCUUCAAAUUGAAUUGUGACGUUUUUUACUAAAUUAAAUUACUACAACUUGAAAUAUUUUAUAAAGAUUAUUCAAUUUGAUGGAAUUUUGUAAUGAAAUGUAACAAACUAUGAUUUUUUUGUGUACAGGGAUUUGCUUAAAAUGAGAUCGUUCUGCUGUUUUAAACAUUCUUGUUGCAAUAUUUUGACAGAAAAAUUACAAGAACAAGCUCACCCCCAAAUCUAAAGGAAACGAUUUUGCUUAUAGAAAGUGAAGCAUAUUUUUAGGACUACUUAGAUUUUUUUUCUUUUAGAUAUUUUUUAAGAUUGCAAUUCUCAUUAAAGUAUUCUGAAGGGAAAAUAAAUAUUUUAAUUGUAUUGCAAAGUAUUUAUGCAUCAUGUUAGAAUUUGUUGUACUGCUUUUAUGCUAAUUAAAACAAUCAUUAUUUUUACUAUUAUAUUUAUAAUAAAUAUAUUCUAUAAUAAAUUAUUGUAUUAUAUUUUGUUACUGUAAUGCAGUAAAACAUGACUAUAUUUCUUAUUGCAGUUAUGAGAAUUAACAUUGAGAAUUACAACAAAAACAAAUGUAAAGGUAAUGAUUUAUUGAUUUAUUUAACUGAUUUUGGGUUGAAAUACAAUGUGGAUAUGUUUUCAUAAGGUUCACUACUUAAGGUAUUGAUUGAAGAAUGAAUAUUAAUCCUUUAUGUGUGUAUAAGCCCAUGCACAAACUUGGCAUCUAUAUUGAGAAAUAAUUUCUUAUCUGAUAACAAAAUUAACUAAAUAAAACUAUUAAUGGUAGGAAUUUAAUUACACAUCAAGUUAAACAUUGAAUUUUCAUAUUUGUCUAGGCAUAAAUGUAACCUCUUUUUAUUGUGACCAUUUAAUUAGCCUGAUUGAAUCAUUAAUUGCCAUUUUGAAGUAACAUUUGCACUUGCUAUCCAUUGAGGCAUAGCUCACAACUAGUAACAAAGCCUCUGUCACCUUAGUGAUAAAGCAACACUUUGUUAUUGAAUACAGAAGCAGUGUCAUGGCAGUAUAUUCAAUGUUUUUUUUGUUUUUGCUAUACCACUUAUGUCAAAUAUGCACUAUACAGGUCCUUCUCAAAAAAUUAGCAUAUUGUGAUAAAGGUCAUUAUUUUCCAUAAUGUAAUGAUAA